AUGUCCAACAGCGGAGUUUUCGGUCCCACGCCACCAGGCGUUGACCUGUCCAAGACACACAAUGCAGCGGUCGUCCAAGCAGUCGUCAGUUUGAUGGUGAUUGGCACCAUUGCUGUGGUUUUGCGCUUUAUCAGCCAGUUCCUGCGCGAUGGGAGAAAGUUUUUGUCGUGGGAUGACUACUUGAUCAUCCCGGCGCUGAUUUUGGCGCAUGGCACAGCAAUCUGUUCUUUAGUCAGUCUUCCAUAUGGAGGUGGAAAACACCUAUGGGUCUUGUCGGCACAGGACUUUACGACCAUUUGGCAGAUUCUUUUCGCCUACGUGAUGAUCUAUGCCGGCGCUGUCAGCUUCACCAAGGCGUCCAUUGUCAUGUUCUACUGGCGUCUCUUCCACCAAAAGUGGACAACCUACAUCUGUCUCUUCUUGGUGUGGAGCUACUUCGUGGUCAUCGUCGUUGUGAUCAAUACCGGUUGCCAGCCGUUGGAAUACUUUUGGACUCAGUACACGACCCCGGGGGCAACAGGCCAUUGCAUCAAUGUGUCGUUGUUCUUCUUCGCAAACGGCAUCUGGGCCAUGCUGGUCGAUGUCUGCAUCUUGAUCACUCCAAUCCGACCAAUUUACAAAUUGCACAUGUCGAGAAACAUGAAGAUCAUGAUCUUAGCAGUCCUUGGACUCGGCGCCUUUGUUUGCAUUGCCUCCAUCGUCCGGAUCAUCACGAUCCACCAGCUGAUCAACAGUCCCGACCUGACCUGGGCCAUGUCGAGCGUCUUCAUCUGGUCCUGCUGCGAGCCGUUCAUUGGCAUUGUCUGCGCUUGUAUCCCCUGCUACGCGCCCCUCUUCCGGCGGAUUUGGAAACAAGCCCACACCUCGUCAAGAUCAAAGGGUACCUCGGGCUUCUCAGGUGGCAAGGCGUCAGGGCCGGACAGCAAGGGGACCCAGAACAUGCAACGAUCUUGGAACCGUGUUCAAAGUGACGACGAGGUCCAACUUACCAACUUUGCCGAUGGGCCAGGGAGCACGCGAACCAAGGGCAGCGAUGAAGCAUCCGGUUUCAAGGGCGUCCACGUCAAGACUUGGGAAGCGCAUGCUGUCUGA